UCUCCCUCCUCAGUUACUACAUUUCCCUCCCUCCCUUCUUUCCUUUCCGCGAAAGACUGACUGUCUACUCCUGUCUAAAUUUCAGUUGUCAUUUCGGUUUAAAUUUCUUUUGAAACGAGUUAGCUCUCAAGUGCUGUAAAUUGUUAAAUUGGUUAUACAAUCUGCACAACAUGGAUGAAUCACAGGGAGAUAGACUGUCAAGAAAAAUGAAGGAGGCUCCUUUAUUGCCAAUUGGUCUUUUGGGAUUCGUGGGAGCUCUUGGCUACGGAGCGUACAAAUACAAACAUAGAGGCGAGAUGUCUCGGUCCCUGUUCUUUGUUCAACUGAGAGUUGGAGCCCAAAGUAUGGUAGUUGGAGCCCUGGUCAUUAGCAUAGCGCUUUCGCUAGGCAAGCGCUUGCUGAACCAAACGUCUAGGGAGCAUUGAGAUUGCACAACUAUUACGUAAUAUCGCUAUGUCGUUGGCGCCUUGGUUGCAGGCAUCGCGUACACAUUGGGAAAACGUCUGCUAUUCCCAACACCCAAGGAGCAAGGACCACAUUAAUGUUUAGCAAAGAUACUAUAGCAUUUUUUAAUGUGAGAUUUUCAAUGCAUACUGUUAUUUUUCCAAGAGGUGCUUGCCUUAUCUUUUUCAAGUCAUGUAAAACAAGUAAUUUAUAGUCAUAUUUAGAAAUUUGUAGUUUGCUUCAAGAAAACCUCUAAAACAGUUUUGCUUUCAUUUAAAUCAUGAUAAAACAAAUAUAUUAGCAUGUUUAAGUUCUUGGAAACAGCAAAACCCAUUUGUCGAAAAUAAACAAAAACGUUUUUCAUAUAUUUUUCAUUCAUGUUCAUUUCAGCUUUACUAAUUUUCAGUUCUUAUGAACCCCAUCUAGUGAGUUUAUUGUAUUGUAUUCAUAUGUACAAAAUUAAAUCUCUACAGUUUUUUAAUAGAUUCCAGAUGGAGAGAAACUGCGCUUGUUAAAAAUAAUUAAUUAGAACUUUUGUCCAAAGGCAUUUUAUUAAACACUGCCCAUUUGAUAACCAAAGAUUUAAUUUUGAUUUCAAAUGAAUGCUAACCCACUCAGUUUGGCUGUCAUGCCUCAAUUAAGCGUAAAUGUCACUAAAUAGCAAAUCAGUUUGGUGGAGUGCCAUUUUUUCUUAAAUUAAGAGGUGAAUUAAAAUAAUAAAGUUACUCUAUAUUGGAGUUACAAUAGCAUAAUAAAUUCAUAUUAUUAUAUUUAAGAGUGAUGGUUUGAUACGAUAUAUCUUUUCUAUACGAGUAUGUGGUUGUAAAACUUUGUUUAGUUUGUUUUUUUUGAAUUAAUCGUCUGCAACAAGUGGAACAAGUGUAUUUAGAUAUACCUCAAAAUCUUGCAGGGUGACUACCAUUUUGUUAAUCCAGAAGUUGUUAUGUGUUUAUUAUAUUUAAUAUCUCCUUCCACUCAUGUAAUAUAAAAUACCAGAUAAUGUAGUGUUUUCUCUUUUUGGUAAUAAUUUGUAUCGCUUGCCCAUCCCUUUUUUAGGUUUUUGUGUUGCCAGAUACCAAGAUUUCAAUAAGAACCAGUACAGUGGUUUUCACAAAAAGCAGAUUUUUAUGACAGUUUUUAUUCUAUUUAAAUUUUAGUUCCGUAUUAGCUAUUUGAUACAAAUUUACAUACAUAGGAUUUGUUUUAAAUUUAAUAAGGAAUGGGGAAAAAUGUACCAGUUAGUUGAGACUGUAUAGUUGUGGCAAUAUCAUGUAUUUUUGGUGAUCAAACAUGUCAAAUUGUACCACUACUUUCAAUACCCAUGUACUCAGUGUAGGCUAUAUUCUUUAGGUAGUAUUAUCUGAUAUCAACGAUCAUGAGGUUUAUAAUAUUGUGUUUUUUUAUUUAAGAGUUUUGGACAGGCCUAAAAUUGGUAGCUAUCCUGCUGUGAUGUGUCUAAUAUGAUAACACAUAAAAUCUUACUAUAAAUUAGAUCUAAAUUAUUUAAGUCCAGCUAACACUUACUUCUAUUGGAACUUUUGAAAUUGCUGUUCAGACAUUGAUCAUAGUUUUCAAGUGUAAACACUUUUUAAUUGCUAACAAUAUUUCUGUGCCAAGAAAAUAUUUGUAUUUAUUAGAUGGUUAAAUUCAUCCACAUCAUGUUAUACAAUUUUAUUGAUAUUAUCAAGAAUAUAAGCAAUACAAUUUGUUUGUUUUGUAAAAUUGAGAAAUGAAAUUGUAAUUUUUUUGUUACUUUUUGAACGGGAAUGUACUGUGAAAAGUGUGUAUGGAGUGUUGCAAAGCGAUUGAAGACAUGACAAUAAUUUGCUUGUUUCUCCUGUCACAAAUAACACAUGAUCAGCAAAACCGUAUUAAAAGAUGUAUUAUUAUUUGUUACUUAUGAACUAAUGUUUCAUCUUAUAGAUGUGUAACUUUUAUAUUUAUUAUCUAGUAUAUAAUUUAAUAUUUGCUUUAUCUACAAAUUCUCUAACUGUGAUGUUAAACUGAAAAUAAAUCUAUUUUAUUUCAAAUAA